CACUGGUACAAAGAGCAAGAUAAAUCAGUUGACCUAAAUACAUGUUUAUCAAAAGCCACCAUUUUGUGUAUUUUUCAAACAAGGAAAUAAGUUUUAGUAAAAAUGUGAGAAUUUUAAGCUACAUAAACCGACAAAUGAACAAGCAUUUACUAAUUAAAGGAUUUGUCAAAAAAAGAAGUAUACUGAUGUACUCCAAAGGAUCUCGAAUACAAAAGGAUUACACUCGGAUGAGGAUUUAAAGAAAUAGGUGUUUACAAAGCUGGAUUUGAAGUCAACUGAAAUAUGUUGGGACUUAUAGCUGUAGCAGCUCUUGCUGGUGUGAUAGGUGCUGCAGUGGCUUAUUAUUUUACAUGUAGGACAAAGCACAAGGAAGUUAGUGUGUCUACAUUCAUCCAAGCACCACCAGAGGCUGUGUUUAACUUCAUAAAGGAGCCUGAUAACAUGAUGCAUGUACACCCGUCUAUUAUCCACAUAGCAGUGACAGAGCGCGACGUGGACAGAUAUGGUACAGAGAGGUUGACCUUCACCCAAGAAGAGAGACUAUGUACAUUCUAUGUUAAUUCACUAUCAAUGCCUAAGGAAGGACGUAUGGAGUAUGAGUUCACAACACCAAGCAAGAUGCCAAGCAAGUUAGCUGGAACAGGCUGGUUUAAAGGUGAUGGUGUGAUGUCUGUGGAGGCCUCAGCCCUAGAUGGUCACUAUGGCAGCCUGCUCACCAGUGAGACCCACCUUAAGACUCCCCACAUGAAGGAGGCCUCUGCAGCUGACUACCUGUACGAGACACGCAACAAGAUGCUGGAGAACGUGAAAUCUUACAUAGAGAAUGGAGGCCAGCUUCCACCCAAGAAAGAAUAUGUUCAACCUCCUCCCCCUGAACCUGUUGAGCCACCAGCUGUUGAUGACACAGAUGUUGAUGCAGAAGUUGCAGCUGUGACAGAUGCAGCAUCUGGAGUUAUGGAUGAAACCACUGAUGCAAAACCAGAGAAAAAGAAAUCAAAGUUCAACUUUAAGAAGGAUAAAAAGGACAAGAAACCAAAGGAUGCCCCACCUCCACCACCCUCUGCAGAGGAGCUUUCCAAAGAAAUUGACCUUUAAAUACUAUUCUCAAUGAAAAAGUGAAACAUGUGAUACUUAGAGAUGUGUAGAUGUAUCUUAAUGUGGCACUCCAUGGGUGUAUAGGAUAGAGCAAGUUUUCAGAUAUUCUUCAAUGAAUUUUAAUCUGCAUUAUGUAUAUAAUAUAUGAUCAGUAAACAACAAAACCUUCUCAACUGAGCUUAAAGCCUGAUUUUUUCUUUGUCGAAGUAUGCAAAUGAUUUAAUAGGGACUCAGUUAUAUCUUUUUCGAGAAGAAAAACAUCAGGGUCUAGAUUUGAAUCGUGUGGGCUUUGGUUACAGUAUUAGUAAUC